ACACGAAUAAACUCUAUAUAAGAUCUAUGCUUCCGCAGCUUCCGUAGCUUCUUGUCUCUGCUCCUUACCUUCACACCUCACUCCCAAUCUCAUCUACUUAUCAAUUCAUCUUAUAUUCACAAGAAUCUAUCUUUCAUUCAAAAUGAAGUGCUCUAUCUCCCUCAUCGCCCUCUUCGUCGCUGGCUCCAUUGCCAUUCCUGCCGCUACUACUCCGAAAUGCAAAGCUGGUGAACAGUUCAUUGAAUGCGGCACGGCUUGUCCUUUGACUUGCAAUGAGCCUGAGCCCCGACCAUGCACCAAGCAGUGCGUUCCUGGCUGCUUCUGCAAGGAGGGUACUAUUCGAAGCCAGUCCGGAUCUUGCGUCAGUCGCAGCAAGUGCGGAGUUUACUAGAGAUUUUGCUCCUGCCUGCAUCAAUGGAUUACAGGCCUACAAGUGGAAAAGUUGGAAAAGUUACUUGACGCAUCUUGAAAAUUCAUUUCUGUAUGAUAUGCUCUGUAUUACAGACACAACGUAAGGCAUAUCUUUAAUAAUUACUCAGUCACUGCUUUGAUCCUUGUUGUGAUUGACUGCGGCUCUAUUGUGAUAAACUGCUGAGAGUCUCCGUGGGACCCAGAGAGAGAUCCAUUGAAUGCAUGCUACAACCGCCUCAUUGACAGUAUGCUUAAGAUCCAUAAAAAGGUAGUCCAACUUAGAUCGCUUCAACUUCUGUCUGCCC